AUGAAUGUUAGGAUUGUAUCAAGCCACAUCAGAGCCUUUGAGCAGACAUCUGACCUUCCAGAAGAUAUCUUCGAUGCCAGUUAUCCAAUCUCAGCAACAAAUUUCUGGUUAGUCGCGACGAAAGGAGCGAUCAGUUAUAUUCAUUCUGAUUGUCACGGUGUUGGUACCUUCAUGGAAGUUCUUUGUGGGCAGAAGUUGUGGGAAUGGGAGGCCAAAGUUGUUUUGCUGGAACCCGGCUCUGCCUUUUAUAUGCGUCCUGAUACUCAUCAUGCUGUUCUGACGCUCGAGAACUGCAUUGUGAGGGGUGGUCAUUUCUAUUCCACCGUUACCCUUUCGAAAACCGUCUCGGGCUGGGUUCAUACAUGUAUGCUUGGGUACAGGAUCAUCAAUGUUGUACACCCAGAGCUUCAUCAGCUCCUCCUUCGUAUGAUGUGUUACUUUCACACCGUUAUUGGUGAGAAAGGUCCUGAAACUCAAGACACAGACAUUCCCAGUAUAACAAGAGACGGACUGCUCGAACUCAUUGCGUUGGGAAAUCUGUGUAUAUUCGGAUCAGCCUUACUUCCUUGCAUCCUGCCAGACUCCACCGACGCCACGAGGCCCACAAUCACCAUGGCCGUGGAUUUUGGUUUAGUUUUCCUUGCAGAAAAUAAUGCCGUUGAGCCCUCCAUCGAUUCCACCAUCCUUGUUGAUGACAAAUUAAGCGUCUAUGCUCAGUUUCUCAACAUUGGGGAUUUUGCUAGAAGCUCCAUGGCUCACUUUGGGUGUUCUUUGAUCUUCUACGCUCGAAAGGCUUUAAGAGUGCGCAAGGCUCAGGGAGAACAUGAAUCCCUCAUGUUUAAUUUUGAUUCAUUUCGUCAAGAUGUUGCAAAUUCGUUGGAGACCUUUUUGCAAAUGGAGCUGACCACCGACUUUCUCCAUGCGUACAAGCGACGGGUGGCACAUUUGCAUGUUAGGCCCAUAUUUUUGGUUCGCAAGAAAGUUGACCUCCUUGAUCUGAGUGCCUAUUUUGACUGGAAUACAGCCACCAAUUUUGAUUGCUCUGACGUUGAAGAUGAUAGUGAUGAUAGUGAUGGAGAUGACUGUGAAUUAGGAAAGAAAGAGGAUGGCCACAGCAGAGAUAACAGUGGGUCAAAGGACGAUAAUACAGAGAAAAAGAAGGAUGCUCCCGAGGAGCUUCAGGAAUCUGAUGUCGAGUCAGAACCAAUGUCAGGUGAGGAUGAAUCUAUGCACUCGGAGUACACACCAAGCAAGUCCGUUCUAUAA